UCAUUGCUGGUGUUUCCAGCGUCUCACAUGUACGCGGCCAUGUUUCGUAUUAUUUAUUGUUAUUGAAUGACGGGAACGAUAUGAUGCAUGAUGGGAAUAUUACAAUGCAUGACGGUCCACUAUCGGAUGUCGAGGAGGUUGAUUCAUACUUCUGUAGAUAAAAAAUUUAUGCAAAUUCCUUCAGACGAUGGAAACAGAGAAGCCAAAUAAGGUUGCGUCUAGUAACCCAAACUCAUCUCACAAUGAGCUGCGCGAAGGAUAUGAUAUCCAAGACAAAAAAAUGGAUAAUGAGGAAGGAAGUUUAAAAAUAAAACCCAGCCCCAGUUCAGAGAAGAAUUUGAAUGCCAAAGAAAUCAAAGUUGAGGAAGGCAUCAAAGGUAAUUCAGGAAACCCUGGGAGUAGUGAAGUAAAUAUAAAGUCAAACGUGAAGGCACCUGAUACUGAUGCCAGAAAUGUAAAGAAUAGUCUAUCCAACAAUGUGAUAGGACAACUUCAGACCGUAGCAACCACAACUACUUUACCAGUUUCAAUUGCUGUUGCACCAUUGCUAAAUAGGAAACCAACCCAGGGACAAUUUGCUGCUGCUUCAGCAGUGCCUGCCAUUAAUUCUUUAAAAAAGUCACCAGAAGUAGGUGCUUCUGCAUCUCAGGCAUUAGCGCUCCUUUCGGAACAAGUAAGCGUAGUGAAGACCACCAGCACUGUCAGUGCUGUUCAAGCCGUGCCCACUUCAACGAAAACCUCCACAACAAUUGCGCCACGAAAUACAAAGGGCCGCAAAUUGAACUACAAGUUCAUAAGCACAACUGGUCAAAAGGCAUCAAGUAGUAUCUGUACCACAGUAAUCUCACAAGACCACGUAAAUAUCAGUGGAUUUGAAUCUAGUACUCAAAUACAUUCUGUCAACGGUGGCUUGUCAAAUCUGUUUAAGUCUGGACGGAAGCAUGUUGCGAAGGUCAUGCCAGACUGCUUCGCUGACAAACUUGAGGGAAGUCCAUAUAGGUGUUUAGGUUGUGGUGACUCAUAUACCUUCCAAUCAAGUCUAAACAUGCAUGUCAGUAGACGUAGUAGCCUAAUCAAGUACAAGUGUCCAUUCUGCAACCUCACAAAACACUUCUUCAAUAAGUGCAGCUUGUUCAUCCAUGCACGAGAACAUGCAAGAGUCACUAAGAAAUCUUUUGAGUUGCGUGCUAAUCUUGCAUCCUUGUCAUUGUUACCCUCUCAACAAGCCAACCAUUUUGGUAACCAGGGAAGUACUGAUGCGGAGGAUGGUAUUGCAAUUCCAGGUCAGGGGUUGGUGGUGACAACAGAAGUUAAUAAAACACAGCCUACCAAAGAAUCAGAAACAGGCAGCAGUAAAACUGGAGAAAAAGUUGUAAUUUCUGAGCCUCAAGAAUAUUUCAAAGAAGGAAAGAAAGCAUGCCUCAUUUGUAUGGAAAAAUUUUCAUCACGUGUCUCUAAAGCUGCUCACUUUAAGAGAGAAACAAAGAGAGUGGUAUGUCAGAAUUGUGAUCAGAUUUUAAUUAACCCUUGUAUGGCAGAGUUACACAAGAACUACCAUCAACACAAGGAACCAUUGCAGUGUCCAGACUGUGGACUUGUGUCUGAUACAGAAAAAGGAGCAUACCAGCACAUUCAACAAUUUUGUUUUCACAUGUCACGAAAGAUCUUAGUUCGCUGUUCAGUCUGCAACAUCUAUGUAUCAAGCUUUAAGGUUUACCAGAACCAUCUCUUAGACCGACAUGCGGAAAGUUUUUUCAAGUGUGUUGAAUGCCAACUGGCAUACAGGUCUGUAGAAAGCUUAAAGUGUCACACUGUGGUGGAACACAGAAACAACAGGAAUUCAAGUAUGUGUAACAUAAUAUUAAAAUGUCCGUUAUGCGAAACAGUGUUCGGCAACAAGAAACAACUUACCUUGCACAUUAACACCAUCCACACUUAUUCCGAUUUGAGUGAAACUAAACUUGUGCAUGAGUGUGCUCAUUGUGGAAAACUCUUUCAGCAAUUGACCUCGCUCGAAAGUCACAUGCUUGUAACUCAUAAGAACUGUGCUGAUCAUUUCCAUUGUGAAUUCUGUAAUCGUGCCAUUCAGAAUUUUAGUGAACUUGCGCCACACAAGAAACAUUGUAGUAUGAAGCUCCAUAGCAAGUUCAAGAACCCUGAAGAUAUCAAUGUGUUGAUUUCAAAAGAUGGAGACAAUAACAUGAAAGUACAGGCGGGAGAAAAACCGGAAGCCCUGAAUCCAGUCAGCAGAAAAAUGCAUGACAUACAUAAAUGUUUGCACUGUUCAAAAAGUGGAAGAACUCUGUUGUUCAGAUCUAAACAAGACCUUGAUACACAUUGCUUGCUCACACAUAAAGAAACAAUUGCGAAAAGCAGCAGUGUUGACACUGCAAGCACAAGUACCGUGCCAACAUUGACUGUAGCUGGCAGUGAUGAACGUAAAAGAAAUGCAGACACUGCAGAUGAUGCUGCUCCAAUUAAAAAAUUAAAAAUCAUCCUUCCACGGAAAGAUUUCAAUUGCGCCCUUUGUGAUUUCACAUGCCCGGCUCGAGAAGACUUCAAAAGUCAUCUCUUGGAGAAACACGAUGCUAAUGGUGCCCUCCAAUGCCAAGAAUGUGGCUUAUCAUUUCGAGCUGUUCUGUCACUCAAGAUGCAUCUCCGUGCCGUACAUAAGAUAUAUGCUUUGAAUCAGUAUCUGGACCAACAAGAUACCAGUGUAAAGGAAAUUGUAUGCAGUGAGGAGAAAACUGACAAGAAGACAAAGGUUAAGGCAGCACCUGUUGGUCAAAUCUUUAAGAGAUUUGAUAGUAACUCAAUGGAAUGUCAAGUGUGUUACAAGGUGUUUGAUACGGAGACAAAUCUGAGAACACACAUGCGUAAUCAUGGCAUGGCCUUCAUUAAAUCAAAACGAAGCAUGUCAUUGGACAGUAAAGAUGGGAAAUAAUAAAGAUUUAUUACCAUUUAAAUUAACUGAAUAAUUAUUGCAUUAAUAAUUGAUGUCGCAUAAAGCAAGAGAUUAGCAAUUAUUUUUCUAUUAAUUUAUUAUUGAAUUCUAAUAGCUGUUUAUAAUUUGAAUAUAGGUGUUUAGACUCAAUUUUAGACUUUGACAAAACACUGCAUGUCUAUACAUCAUAAACCUUUUGGCUUUGUUAAAUGCUUUAUUACUAUUGACGUAGGUCUAAUAUCAAUGAUUUUAUGCUGUACACUUUGUCAAUGUAUUUUGAUGGCUCUAAAAGCUUAGAAUUUUGGACAUUUUUCUCAAUGUUAUAUUUGUAUAUUUCAUUUUGUGAUUACAUUAAUGUAUUAGAUUAAUUUUACUGAUGUAAAAUAAGGCCAAAAACGUGUGUUGCCGAAGCCUGAAAAUUAGGGUCUGUUUUUGUUUUACAUAAAUAUUUUAUUUUUACGAUGGAGCCAAAAUUUCCUGUAUUUGUAUGGAUCGAAAGGCCACAUUUUGAGAUUUAAUAAAAUGGAUAUCUAGGCCACUUAUUUUAUCUAUGUUAACAUUCUACCAACCAAAAUGCAUGGGGAUAAUUUUUGGUUGGCAGUGAACCCCAGAUUUCAAAUUUAACCAUGGUUGACUGGCCAACCCUGAUUUUCAAGUCACUGGGCAUGGGCGGCGGACAAUUUUUUGUUUGGCUAAUCAUAUUAACAAGUGUAUACCAGCAUUAAAGUGGUAGAAUAGUUUUUAAAAUAAUGUUUAGAUUAUAGUCAAUGGGUGAUCAAAAUUUACUAAGAGUGACUACAUAUAAUUUGUUUUUGUACCAGUUAAUUUAUAAUGGGGUGUGGUAUACUUUCUUGAUAAACUUGAUAUUUUCAACGGUGAUGCACAUUGUACAGCAUGUCCUUUUAGAUCACAAAGAAAUGUCUUGUACAUACUAAUUAUUAUUAUUAUUAAUAAACUGUUGAAAUUGAUACUGAUUAAAAA